AUGUCCCCAUCUCUCCCUCUUUUCCUUGGGUUCGAUCUCUCGACGCAGCAGCUCAAGGCUAUCAUCAUAUCCGAGGAUUCGUCCAUCGUCCACGAGUCUGCAGUCCAUUUCGAUCGCGAUCUCCCAGCGUACGGGACCACCAAUGGCGCUAUACAGGGCCCUGGAGAAGGAGAGGUAACUUCCCCGGUCCGCAUGUGGUUGGAGGCUAUCGAUUUGGUCUUGGCACGCGUCAAGGAGGCUGGCGUGGAUAUGGGUGCUAUUGCGGGUGUCUCUGGUGCGGGUCAGCAACAUAGCUCGGUUUACUGGUCAGACGAUGGCGAAAAUGCUCUUGCGAAUAUGAUUCCCUGCCGCUCGCUAUCUGACAACCUCUCUCCUCACGCCUUCUCCCUGCCCAAUGCACCCAUCUGGCAAGACUCGUCGACGACGCGUGACUGCCGUGAUCUGGAAAGGUCUGUUGGCGGUGCACAAGCCCUAGCAGACAUCACGGGUAGCAGAGCUUACGAGCGGUUCACAGGUCCGCAGAUAGCGAGGAUACGACGCUUGCGUCCAGAAGCAUACAAAUGCUCGGCUCGCAUAUCUCUAGUCUCUUCCUUUUUGCCCUCCUUGUUUCUGGGGAGGAUUGCGCCAAUCGAAAUUUCCGAUGCCAGUGGGAUGAAUCUCAUGAACGUGUUGACCUGCAAGUGGGAAGAUGCGUUGUUGGAUGCUUGCGGAGGAUCGGAACUGCGUGCCAAGUUGGGUCCUGAGCCCGUCCCAGGUGGUACUGUCCUUGGAACAGUCUCUGACUGGUGGGUACGGAAAUGGGGUUUUAACCCAGACUGUAUCGUUGCGCCGUUUACGGGCGACAACCCUUCGACGGUGGUCGCGUUAUCUGCGCCCGGUGAUGCCCUUCUUUCAUUGGGAACAUCUACGACGUUACUUCUCUCUAUUCCACCUGCUGACACUCCGCCAAAACGGUUUACGACAUCUCACCUCCUCUCCCAUCCGACGACUAUCGACGCCCAAAUUGCCAUGCUCUGCUACAAGAACGGUGCUCUGGCAAGAGAGCAAGUACGCGAUCGUCACGCUGAGCACGAUUGGGGCAAAUUCAACGAACUCGUAGAGGGAACGGCUGCCGGAAACCACGGGUGCAUGUCAUUUUACUUUCCUCUGCCGGAGAUCAUCCCGCCUGGCGUACAUGGUGAAUUCCACUUCUCGACUGCGGACGCCAUUGGUGAACCGGUUGCGGCGGGUGAUGUUCCUUCCGACACUCAUCCACGUGCCAUUCUGGAAUCCCAAUUCCUCUCCAUCAAGUCCCGAGUGGCUGCAAUCCUACCGCCCAACGCACCUCCUCUGCAGCGGUUGAUCGUGACGGGCGGCUCGUCCGCCAACCAGACAAUCCGCCAGCUGGCUGCGGACCUUUUUGGCAUGCGGGUGUAUGUUGCCGAGUCGAAGGAGGCUGCUGGGACGGGUGGUGCUGUGUUGGCCAAGUUUGCGUGGUGGAGGGCUAACAACGGCGGUGAAGGUACGUUUGAGGAAAUGAGCUAUGGAGAAGUGGAGAGGAUGAGGCUCGUUGCUGAGCCCAAGGACGAGGUGACGAAGAUCUACGACGGGCUGAUUGAGGCGUACCGUGCAUGCGAACACCGUGUGGUGGAACUUUGCGGAAAAUCGGAGGUUUAGAACUGUUCUGAGAGAUUUGAAGGCUGUAUCUUUUUUGUUUUCAUUUAAAAAACUUUCACAUCAGGUAUAUAGUGCUGAGGGUAGCUCUGUAUUCGUUUAGACUAGAGGUAUCAUUUGUUUUUUUAAGGCGAUCUCAAUUCAAUGGUAUAGACUGUGUAUAACU